AUGGGCUGGGUGCUGUGGGGGGUCCUGCUCGCCUGGGCCUCGGUGGCACGGGUGAGAGGGGCCGAGCAGCCCCAGGAGCUGCCCUCCUCUGCCGCGUUUCUGGAGUGCAGGAAGGCCCUGAAGCUCCCGAGUCUGGAAGUCCUGCCUGGGGGGGGCUGGGAUAACCUUCGGAAUUUGGAUAUGGGCAGAGUCAUCAACCUGGGCUACUCGCUCUGCAAGACCACCGAAGACGGAUCUUACAUCAUCCCAGAUGAGAUCUUCACUAUCCCUCGCAAGCAGAGCAACCUGGACAUCAACUCUGAGAUUAUUGAGUCCUGGAAAGAUUACCAAAGCAUCACCUCCGCCUCCGUCAACCUAGAGCUGUCCCUCUUCUCCUCUAUCAACGGCAAGUUCUCCCACGACUUCCACCGGACCAAGACCCACCAAGUGAAAGACCACGCUGUCACGACCCGCGUGCAAGUCAGGAACCUAGUGUACACUGCCAAGGUUGACCCAGGGGCAGUCCUGGACAAGGGCUUCAGGAAGCAGCUGCUGACGAUCGCCAGCCACCUGGAAAACAACCAGACACGGAUGGCUGACUUUCUGGCUGAGGUGCUGGUGCUGAACUACGGCACCCACACCAUCACCUCUGUGGACGCUGGAGCCAGCUUGGUGCAGGAAGACCAGAUCAAGGCAACCUUCCUGAAGGACAGCUGGGCCACCCGGAGUGCCGUCACUGCCUCGGCCGGUGUGGCCUUUCACAGCAUCAUCGGCGUGAAAAGCGAGGAGUCCCUGGACGUCAGCGCUAGCUUUGUCAAGCAGUAUCUGGAGAACCGCACCAACUCCAGGGUGGAGAGCAUUGGUGGGACCCCCUUUUACCCAGGCAUCACCCUCAAGACCUGGCAGGAGGGGAUCAGGAACCAGCUGGUGGCUCUGGACCGCUCAGGGCUGCCCCUGUACUUCUUCAUCAACCCCAGCUCCCUGCCAGAGCUGCCCACCCCCACAGUGAAAAAGCUGGCCAGGCGGGUGGAGAUGGCCAUCCGCCCCUACUACACCUUCAACACCUACCUGGGCUGCACCGCCGCCACCUCGCCCAACUGCAUCCUGGGCAUCUUCUGCCACCGCGAGUGCCGGGAUGUCUUCUGGCUCUCCCGGGUGCAAUUCAGUGCCUACUGGUGCGCUGCCAGCGGGCCAGCGGCCCCCGACUCGGGGUACCUCUUUGGAGGGCUGUUUAGCGCCCACAGCGCCAACUCCGUCACCGGUGCCCAGUCCUGCCCCUCGGGGUACUUCCCACUGAAGCUCUUCGACGA